CAAACAGGUAUACAUAAUUUGACACCUGUUUCGCGUUUAGAUCAGUCGUUUGGGGAUAGAGAGAAGAUAACUGCGGGAUCUAUUCGUUAUUAAUCUUAAGGCUUAACAAAAAGCGGAAUAACUCUUUUUGGUUGGAUUUCUAGUUUUUCUUAAAGCUUUGUUCUCUCUUAAACCAAGAUGAAGUUUUUAGUCGCCUUGUUUGUUGCGGUGUUAGUGGAAGUGGUCGCCUCAUGUUCUUGUAACAAUAUGAAAUGGGCCACAUGUGAUGGAGACCCAUGCCAGUGCACUCUUCAAUUCACGAAGACAUACAAGCAACCGAUUGAUUGUACAAAAUUGAUUCCCAAGUGCUUCCUUAUGAAAGCGGAGAUGUUUCUCACCAGAAAUAACAAGUCUGCAAAAUUACUUGGUGGGAAGCCGGUAGAAACGGCCUUUGUGGACAAUGACGGCAUCUAUGACCCGGAGUGUGAGAAUGAUGGAAGGUUCAAGGCUAUCCAGUGUAACGGCACUGAAGUGUGCUGGUGCGUCAACAGUGCCGGUGUGCGCAGAAGUGACAAGGGAGACAAGAACAUCAAGUGUGAGCCUGUGGAGACCUAUUGGGUUCGUCUGGAACUGAAGCAUAAAGAUGUGGCUGCUCCUGACGAUGUUGCCAAAUGGAAGACUGGGAUUGAAAAUGCCUUACAGGAACGUUACAAGUUGGAUAAGAAAUUUGUGUCGGAGGUUCAGUAUGACAAAGCUGGCCGUCUCCUUGUUGUGGAUGUGAAAAAGCCUAUUGGAUCCAGUGAUCCAGACAUGUCCCUCAUGACUUACUACAUGGAGAAAGACGUCAAAGUUCUGCCCCUCUUUCAAAACGCUCAACCAUUUGAAGUCAGUGUUGAGGGAUCCAAGGUGUCCAUGGAGAACAUCCUGGUCUACUAUGUAGAUGAAGUGGCGCCCACCUUUACCAUGCAGAGGCUGACUGGUGGUAUCAUUGCUGUCAUUGUGGUGGUCAGCUUGAUUGUGAUUGCUGGACUUCUAGUUAUCUUCUUCAUUGCACGGCGACAGAAGGCCCAGUACAGCAAGGCACAGCCCAGAGAGAUGGAGACCAUGUCUUAAGCUAUUGAUGACAUCUCGUGUACUUGAGUCUGACACUGGGAUGUGCUCCAUGCUGAAGCUGAUACCUGCUGUAUAUUUGCUUGUGACCAUUUAUUAGAAACUAAGUGUCUGUUACAGGCUGAGUACAGUUUUUUUUUUUUAAUUGUUGCACUUUGCCAUUUAAUGAUGGCUCAUUUUCAAUUGGAUCAAUGUUUUAACAUUGUACAGUUUGUGACUUGUAAGUUUUAAUAAAAUUUUAGUUUUUUGUUAAACUUUUGUCAUGAAAGUUUUAAAUAUUCUGGCAUGUGGCAGAUCAACUUGUCAUAUGGUAGUCUUGAUAAAUCAAAAUCCUUUUAUCUAUAGAGCUGUAUUUGUGUUGCUAAAUGAAAAGGACUAUCCUAGCACAAAACCAUUCCUAGCUUUUGUUUGCAACCACAUGAUUUGUCCUUUUCAGCCCAGGGCAAGCAGUUGAGCUGCACAUGUUCUCUGCCUUAGUUUCACCACAAUUCGAAUCGGUGAUGGAUGCUUUGUUGAAUGAGACUAGUUUUAGCGUGACAACACUUGUCCAUUUAAAUGAUGUGGUGUCAAGUAGACAAUUUACUUCUGCACUGCAAAACUACUUUCUGUAAAUGUGAGAAU